CGACAUCUACGUUGUAUUCAGCGCAUAUACGAGGAAUUUAUAUUCACACACAAUAAUAUGUAACAAAAUUAACUCAUCCAUCAUCCACCUUCACUUUCCGAGCAACUUCCUUUAACUUUCACGACGGAAAACUCAAAAAAGCUCCUAAAUUCCCCAGAAUCCCUACGAUUCCCACUUCAUUUUCACCUUAUUUAUCUCCAAGUUUUUUCCUUUCUCCCCUUUUUCUCUCUCUUUGUCUUCUCGGUCUUGUCAAAACUUGCUUCACCCUCAUGGGUGCCGUUGUCGAGUGUUACCCGCCGCCGCGUACGGCGGUGCUGUCUCUCAAUACGCUGCCGCUGGGCUUCCGUUUCCGUCCCACCGAUGAAGAGCUUAUUGAUUACUACCUGCGCUCGAAGAUCAACGGCAACGGGGACGAUGUCUGGGUUAUCCGUGAGAUUGAUGUCUGCAAAUGGGAGCCUUGGGAUUUGCCUGAUUUGUCAGUGGUACGGAACAAGGAUCCAGAGUGGUUCUUCUUCUGUCCGCAGGAUCGGAAGUAUCCCAAUGGGCACAGGUUGAACCGAGCUACGACACAUGGGUAUUGGAAAGCAACGGGGAAGGAUCGAAAGAUUAAGUCUGGUUCUGCUCUGAUCGGAAUGAAGAAGACUCUUGUUUUCUAUACUGGUCGUGCACCGAAGGGGAAGAGGACCAAUUGGGUUAUGCAUGAGUACAGGCCUACCCUGAAGGAGCUCGAUGGUACCAAUCCUGGACAGAAUCCAUACGUCCUUUGUCGGUUAUUUAAGAAACAUGAUGAGACUCUUGAAGGUUCAAAUGGUGAGGAUGUGGAGCGGACUGCUUCAACCCCUAUGACUGCCAAUCACUCUCCAGAUGAAAUACAAUCUGAUUCAUCUCUGGAUCCAGCAUCUUCCUCACAGAUCACUGAGGGUGAAAAGCCGCUAACAGUUAUCCAUGAGAACUCUGAGGAAGCAAUAUCCAACAUUAUAACUGCAGUUGACUCCCAUAGUGAUGGAUGUGAUGCUCCUGAUGUACAAAAUCAAAUUGUAAAACCAGCUGCAGAGCAGGAUCAGCCAUUUAACUUUGAGGAUUUUUAUGACCCAACAAACCAGCAAUUAGAUGACAAAUUAUUCUCCCCAGUCCAUGCUCAUUUCCCACCUGAAAUUUACUAUCAAUCAGAACUUCAGUAUGGUACAAAUGACAAUAUACCCGACCUUUUUGACUCGGUUAACUGGGACGCUAUCUCCUAUGAUACUAGCAGUCUAGAGCUAGGCUCAUCCUUCCUCAAUGUCAGGGACAAUGGAUCUGGCAGUGACUCAGAUGUGGAAAUGGCCAAUAUGACGAAUCUGCAGGCAUUACAUGGCUAUCCUAACGAGGCAGUUGAGAAGAAGAGUAACGUAGGAUUAUUUCAGAGCACUCCUCAGAUGGCUUUCUCAAACGAUGGUUAUAUGGGCCAGGUAGAUGAUCCGAUCAAGAAUAGUGGGCAACUAAGAGACUUUGAUACGUUUGUUAAUGGUGAUACUGGAAUCAGAAUAAGGGCUCGUCAAGGACGAAACGAACAGCCAAACAUGAAUGGAAUGGUACAAUCACAAGGCAAUGCACCAAGGAGAAUACGAUUACUUGUCGAGCGACAGUUUGCUUCCGAGAAAGCGGCGAAAGAUGGAAGUUGUGCUUCAGCCCCAGAAGAGCAUAAUUCAAAAACCACCAUUUCUAGGGAGUGGAAUGCUUCGGAAAACCAUGCUACCGAUGAGAGUUCCGGCAGCUGUGAUGAUGUGGAUGUUGCAACUGCAGAAUCCUUCAUCUCAAAAGAGAGCAGAAGGGGCCAUCACAGUUCAAAGGUUUCGUCUAACCGUGGCAUGUGGUCUUAUGUUCUUGCAGUUUCUGCAACUGUGUUGGUUUCAGUAACAGUGAUUGUUAAUAUAUGGGCGUAUUUGAGAUCUUAAACAGCUUACAAGUAGUAGUUCUUCAUUACUUUUGUGCGGAAUUUGCCUCCGUUCCUUUUUUGGCCAGUUAAGGAGGUAUGUAGGAUUGACUUUUCAGAGACUUGUUGAUAAGAAUGUAAAAUAUGUAUGUGUAUAUGUAUGUAAUGAAGUAGUCAUUGCAGAGUAUGGUAA